CGUCGAGCUCAUACACCGCUCUCCUUCAAUCACAAUGCAGCACGCCCAGACCGCGAUCACCCCAUGUGCUUUGACCACUCUCUCUACAAGCGCCACUUCCAGCCUCAAGCGCAAAGACUCAUCGCCACCUGCAUCGCCUACCGCCUCGAACAAUGCAGCUAAACGCAUCAAGACAGAACACGUGGAUGCUUCCAGUCCAACAGUAGAGUCUCCUUUUUCGACUGAAAUCCAAGCCUGUCUGCCCCGUCCGUUCCAUGUGCCAGCGGCGCACCUUACACUCGUGGCAGACGCAGACUUGCACAAGAGCCCGCUGUGGACCUCUGUGUCUGAUGCAACGUACUGUGGCGCCAGCGUCAUUGCCAAGCAAAUCUCUGCGCCGACCGACGCCAAAGUGCGCGAAGUGAACCGAGUCGCGCGCAUGUGCAUGAGCCUCCACCACCCCAACAUCGUACCCUUCUAUGGGGUCAGCUCGGACACGACCUCAGUAUCCUUCAUCACGGAAAAGCCAGAGCGCGGCAGCCUCGCCAACGCCUUGGCCAAUGACACGAAUACACUCUCAGUGCUCGAGCGACUUUGCAUCCUCCUGGACGUGGCCCGCGGCAUGCAGUACUUGCAUAACAAGUCAGUGCCAGUCUUGCACCGCGACCUUCGCGCCGCCAACAUCAACCUCUCUGACAACUUGACAGCCAAAAUCACGAAUUUUGAGUUUAGCGGCCAACUUGGCCGCGAUAAGACUCUGAUUGGGACGCCAGCGUGGGCAGCACCCGAGAUCUUGCGCGGUGAACCAAACUACUCGGAAAAGGUGGACGUCUACAGCUUUGCCAUGCUCAUGGUGGAGACGAUGAACUGUGUCGCGCCGUACGCGGAGCAAGCACACAAGCCGCCGAAAGAGCUCCUAAACGAAAUCGCGACGCGCAGCUACCGGCCCCGUAUUCUGGACCGCAAGCCGUGGCCGCGGACUGUAUUGCACCUUCUUGAAGAGUGUUCGUUCAACGACGCGAGUGCCCGCCCAGCAUUUUCUGCGAUUGUACCCCGCUUGGAGGCGAUCGUGGCCGCUUUGGCGCUGACACCCGAGUGACAACACAAGCCCUUUGCGCACGGCCAUUUCAGCG